GAAUGGAGAAUCGCGUCUAAAAUUUUCGGUUGGCGGGGAAGCAAAAGAUUCAAAUUCGCACCGUCAAUCGGAAAUACACGCAGCAGCUGUAUAUUCACUCUCCAUUAAGCAGGGAGAGUAGAAGAACAGUGGCGGUGGAGGAGUCUUGCGACGGGAAAUAUGGCGGACACAUCGCAUCUCGAAAGAAUGGGAAGAGAGCUGAAGUGCCCUAUAUGUUUGAGUCUCUUGAAUUCGGCUGUUUCAUUGUCGUGCAAUCACGUAUUUUGCAAUUCGUGUAUCGAAAAAUCGAUGAAAGCAGCAUCUAAUUGUCCUGUUUGCAAAGUUCCAUUCAGGCGUAGAGAAAUUCGGCCGGCGCAACAUAUGGAUAACUUGGUCAGUGUUUAUAAGAGCAUGGAAGUGGCAUCUGGAGUCAAUAUUUUCGUCACUCAAAAUGCAGAUUCCACCAAAGCAUCUGAUGAGCGAACUGGUAUCAACAAUUGUGAGGCCAAAGAUGUUGUGCAAGCUGGUCAUAAUAGGAGUCAGCAAAAGGGAUUGAAAGGUGCAGUGAAGACUAACAAGAGGCCAGCUGGUUCAAAUAGCAAUAAGCCGUCAUUUCCAACAAAGAAACGGGUUCAGGUGCCACAAUGUUCAGACGCCAAUACCCAAACGGACCCUGAAAAGCUGGAAGGUGGAAUCCAUGAAACUGAGAGACAAAAGCCUGAGAAAUGCCCUGUAUUACAAAGAGACAUGUCUUGUAGAGUUGAAAAUGGAGUGACUGUUUUCUCUCCAUUUUUCUGGUUGAGAGAUGAAGAGGAUUUAGAGAAAUCAAGUCAGCAUUCUGAUGAUAACCAAUUGUUGCAUACUCCACCAAAUGCUCCUUGCUUCAGUGACAUCAAAGAUUCUGAUGAUGAGGAUACUAGUAAAAGAAGUGAUGUCAAAGAUUCUGAGGAUGAGGAUAUUAGUACAAGAUCAGAAAGACAAAUUGUUUCACCGACAAGGGCACAAUUUAUUGAUAGUGAGAUGUUUGAUUGGACACAAAGGCCUUGCUCACCUGAACUCUGUUAUAGCCCCCCAGCAAUGCAGCAGAAUGAUUAUGCCGCUGAGCAGGAAACUCUAAAGAAGGCAGAGGCUACUCUGAUGGAAACAGCACCAGGUUCAAAGCAAUGUGCGAAAAACAGAAAAAGUCUCAGUAUGAAAACAACUCAUGAAGCUCCUGAAGCAAAAAAUAUGAAGAGAACAUCCACAAAUGAUUCCGAGAAUGCAACUAAGAUCAGGAAAGACAAGAGACGAAAAAAGACUAUGAGUGAGGUCACUGUGCCACUUAUUAAUCCAGACAUGGUAAGAAAUCAAGAUACAAGAGAGAGCAAAGAAGAAAACUCAACGAUUUUGAGGGAAAAACCCCAAGAAAGCAAAAAAGUAUGUUCUGCAGCCAACAUUAAUGAAAGAUGUGGACCUCAUCUACACCAGCGGUCAGAGCCUCAGCCAAAUGGCAAUGAAGCUGCUUCAGUUUUUGGUUCUCCUUCUGUAAAUCUUCAAAAGAGCAAUGAAGGAAGCAGCAACUCUGAGAAAAGUGAUAAAAGAAGCAACACAAAGAUAACACGCUCGCAGCCCUUAAAAACUGAUAAACACAUUAAAAGAAGCCUUGAAGAAAAUAGCACGAAAACCUCAAGCUCUUUGAAGAAAGUGAAGUUCUCUGUAGAAGGCAACUGUGAUAGCACCCCUGUAAUUGCUAGUACUUGUGGUGAAAUAAGAGAUCAGACAUCAGAAGAAAGUCAAGGUGCCAUAAAUCAAAAGAGGAUGAAAGUUCCAGCGAAAAAGGGCAAACCAUCCAACUCCUUAGAUGGAAGUGUGUUGGUUAGAUGCCAUACUUCUCCCAGCACAAUUUGCUGUGCUUUCUGCCAAUCUAGCGAAGAAACUGAGGCUUCAGGGAGCUUGGUUCAGUAUGUUAAUGGAAAACUAGUGGAAGACAAUCAUAGUGCCAAAACAGAGGGCAUACAUGUGCAUAAAUACUGUGCUGAAUGGGCUCCUAAUGUGUAUUUUGAGGAUGAUAGUAUCAUCAACCUUGAAACUGAAUUAUCUAGAAGUCGAAGAAUUACGUGCUCUUGCUGUGGAACUAAAGGGGCUGCACUUGGAUGCUAUGAAAAGAGCUGCCGUAAGAGCUUUCAUGUUACUUGUGCUAGGCUGACUCCAGAAUGUAGAUGGGAUUAUGAACACUUUGUAAUGCUAUGCCCGGUUCAUGCUUCCUGCCAGCUUCCAGGUGAGAUGUCUCAGUCUCAGUCAAGGCAGCAAAAAAAUUCUGCUGUUAAAAGAAAACCUGUUGUUCAGAUCCAUCAAGUGAAAUCCACUGAUGACUGCAAGCACGAUUCCACUUUGCACUGGAAAUCUCAGAAAAAGCUCAAGAACUUGAUUCUUUGUUCUUCAGGUCUCACAGCUGCAGAGAAGGAGAUUGUCACUGAGUUUACAAAGCUUUCCGGAGUAACUAUAAUAAAGAAUUGGGAUACAAGUGUCACACAUGUAAUUGCAUCUACUGACGAGAAUGGAGCAUGCAGAAGGACACUCAAAUUUCUAAUGGGUGUGCUGGAAGGAAAAUGGAUUUUGAAUGUUCAAUGGAUUAAGGCUUGCAUGGCAGCUGGAGAAUUAGUUGAUGAGGAAUGUUUUGAAAUAUCAGUUGAUAUUCAUGGAAUCAGAGAUGGACCCAAGCUGGGAAGAUUAAGACAUCUAAACAAGCAACCAAAGCUUUUUGAAGGAUGCACUGUAUACUUCAUGGGCGACUUCGAACCUUCAUAUAAAGGUUAUCUUCAUAAUCUUGUGAUUGCCGGAGGAGGAAAAGUCCUGAACAGGAAACCUGUUGCCAAAGAUGAGACAAGUGCAUUAAACAAAUCCCUUGCUGCAACAACAUUUGUCAUUUACAGCGUUGAGGUUCCUGAUCAGCACAACCCAUCAUCAAUUCUGAAGCAGCGGCGCUCACAAGCUGAGGCUGUUGCGAGUUCUGCCGGAGCUGUUGUUGCAACCAAUUCAUGGAUUCUGAACUCCAUUUCUGGGUGCAGGUUGCAGGAAAUUUGUGGGCGAUCAUAAUUGAGUGA